AUGUGGGUAAGUUGCACUUUGAGGUCUGGGUUGCUCUUUGUCACUCUGUCUCCUGCCGUUGUCAAGCACAAGCCAGCUGCCACCUCCAAAAGCUGCUACCCGUGGGGAACACUGUCCGGAGCUGUUGACAUGCUGUGUGUCAAGGCGGCGUGGUUCAAAGCAACAAUUCCAGAAGACCGCAUAAAAAUACGAUUAUUAAAAAAGAAAACAAAAAGGCUAUUUAUGGUAGGCUAUAGGAUUCAAGGACAGCUUCUGUCCUUCUUCAUGGAAGAUGUUUUUGGUCAACUCCAACUACAAGUUCGCAGGGAAAUACACUUUGUGGAAGAGUUUCACAGCCUUAGGCAGAAACUGAGCCGCUGUCUAAGUACGCACUGCAAAUACCGGGAGUUUGAUCCUGGAAACCUACCUAGAAAACAGCAUGUAGAGAGCUGUCUCCACACCGAGGGGGCCCAGAAACAUGAGGCUCCAUGGACAGACACCACAGCUGGUGCCCACGGCGUCCCCUGUGUGGACCGUGCAAGCCUGCUGGCUUUAGCGGAUCAGUGGGCGUGCUUGGUAAUUUUUCUUUGAAUAUCAGACAUUAUAAAUUUGACCUUAUAGGGUCCUAGAUAAUUUUUGUAUUUCUGUAAAUAUUAUUGACCUUUGUUCCAGGACACAGGUAAAUUAUUUGAAAGCAGUUUGAUUCUUUCAGAUGUUGUUUUCAAGUUUCGUCAGUUAGGACCAGAGCCUUGCUUAGCUCAGUGCUCAUUUUGCCCCAUGCUGAGGCAGCAUGCUUCUGUCAGCUCUACCCAGUUCCCUGUGGCUGCUGUUUCCCCUCUCCUCUUUUUCCUCCUGCUUCUUCUUGCAAUUUACUUGUUUAAAAAAUCAGGUUAUUUGUCUUACAGAGCUUCUCAUACUCUGUAAUUUUCUGAUUGCAUUUUCAUCGGUUCACUGAAUAUAUUCUUUUAUUUUUUUAAGUAAUUUUUCUUUUUAAAGAUUGGCAC